AUGGCAUUGAAAUUAGUUGGUGAACAAUCAAGAAUGUAUCCAGCUACGUUUUACAAUCGUUUCGAUUCUGUGGAAGAUGUAGAUUUGGAGAAUGCUGUUUUUCUCACAGCAGAAACUGUUGAAAAAUUCAAUCUUCCUUCAAAGAGAGAAGAAUUUGAAGAAAGUAUAAAGAAAGUGAACGAAACUUGUUCGUAUUCUCUUCCUAUUCAACUUAAAACCAUUCCAAAAGGAGUUUAUUUGAAGAAACACUAUGUUGGACCUUAUAUGCAUUUAGGAAGAGUUUGGGAAGAGUUGAAGACUGAGUUGAGUGAAAAGUUUGGUGAAAUUUAUGAAGAAGCUCCAUAUCCAAGUUGGGAAGAACAUCCAAAUCAUGAAAUUUUAAUGAAAGAGGUACCUAAGGAUGAAGAAUUGAUUAGUGACUUGUUUACUAGAUUAAUUGAAAAGAAAUAA